GGUGAAAGGGGAAAAUGAUUUGGUCAGGUGAUCAAUAUGUAUGCGCCUAGACUGCUGACUUAAUGUAGAAAGACAACGUUUGAUAUUCACCAGUUUCUCAAAUUUUAUGAUAGUGUUGUGUAAAUUAGUGCAAUUUUUUCUUUAUAAUAAUCUACCUGGCAACUAUUGCACUAAGUCGCAGUAAAGCUUGGAGAAUCAAUCUCAGGUUUCGAGAAUGGCAGAUAAUACAUUACUUAGACAAGAUUCACAACAUGGUAUUCCCAACCCAAAUGAGAUGGAAAUGCUCCUUGAACGGUUUCAACAGCUUCCAGAAUUAGACAGAAAGUUUUUUGCAUAUGGACCCAUCUACCUUGGGAUAAAUUCGGCAUUUGCUGGUUUAAUAGCCAACAGUUUCUUUCGAAGAAUACUGAAUAUUGCACAGGCUCGUUUUACUUCCAGUUUGCCCAUGGGAGUUCUUCCGUUCCUAUCAACAAUAGCAGGGUAUAAUGCUGUUGUGUCAAAACCUUUGCUUUCAGGCGAUCUCAACUGUCCCACGUGUGUCCUAGUUAGAGGAGGAUUAGUAGCUUCUCUUGGAGGUGGCUUGUAUCCUGUUCUCUUGGCCUUACCUAUAAAUGCUGGCCUUGCAACACGGUAUAACACCGCCCCAAUGCCAGAAAGGGGAAAUAUAAUACGAUUCUGGAUUACUGUUUGUCAGCCAGUCAUGAGGAAACUGAGCUUUGUGUUAAUCCUUCAAGCUCUCUUUGGAGUCUAUCUGAGUUCCAAGCACUAUGCAAUUUACAUGAAAAUGCUGGCACUUCCUCCAACUCCUACAGAUCCUGAACUAAAUGGAGAAAGUUAGAGAAAACAAUUAUUGAAUUUAAGUACUUGGUAACUUAGUAUCAUGCAUUCACCGGUGUUGAACUAUGAGAAGAUAAUUUCUUAUAUGAUCUUAUAAUAACUUGAGUAAUAAAGUAAUUGUGCAACCAAA